AUGACAACAACACUAGACGUUAGCCAGGAUAAUUUCUAUAACAUGGAGGCUUUCUAUGCUGGCUCUGUCGAAGUUCUAGUAGGUGCAGACAAUCGACGGGACUAUAGACGAACUGGCACAAGGCGGACGAUGGUAACUGCUAUCAAAUGCGUCUGUGCAAGCGAGUUCUGCUUUGAGAACAAUAUUAUCAAAUUUUUCGGGUCGUUGAAAACCGCAUAUCGAACCGAGGUUGAGCGCCAUUAUCGUAGGGGCCCUACGAAUGCCAACAAAGAGCACUUCACAGAGAUAUACCUAUUUCUAUUCAAUCCUUCACGAGUUACUCGUGGCAUCGGAAAGCCAGACGCCUCACAAGCUACUAGUACACCCUUCGAAGCUGGAACGCAACAUGGAGCAAUCCAGACACCAGUAACACCUGUGGCUCCGGUAACACCAGUGCCAUCGGAAGAUGUCAUGAAUCUGUUCAGACUUAUGCAGGAGAAUUGCCAUAGUGACGACAUACCCUUGAUCAGAAUUACAUUAGUCUUCUGA